ACUUCAACUCACAUCUCCCACUUCACUACUAAACUUUAGGCGCAAAUCAAUUUUAUGGUUUUCAAUUUGGAGAUACCUAUCCUUCUGGUAUACCAACAUCUACCUUCUUCUAACUUUUAAUCUACUUAUAAGCUCGCUAUGAAGCCUACAGGCUCCCUCAAUUACACACAGACAGGCUUUGGUCAAUCACAGCUUACGUCACUGAAUUACUGAGCCCCCCUCGGUCUUGGCCUAAAUAGAAGAAUAUCUACAAUUCCACACAUUCGUUAUUGUUAAGAUUGAUUCACAUCGUCGUUAAAAUGAGUCGAAAAUCAUCCACAGAUAUUCCCCGGUCUCAGAUGGAUCAUCGAUGGCAGAGCCCGUCACCUGCGCCAUAUACUGCUUCAGACGAUCCUCGAUCAUCCUCUACUCAAUCCUUACUUCCCUCCCCCACGGAACGGGAUGACUCUGGACGUCGGAGACUUCUAGUUAUAUAUAUCCAUGGUUUCAUGGGUAGCGAUUCCUCUUUCCAGUCAUUUCCAGCCCACGUACAUCGCUACCUCAAGUUAGCCCUCGUUGAUACUCACGUCAUUCAUACCAAGAUUUACCCAAAGUACAAGACCUAUAAAACACUUGAGGUUGCUCGCGAUAACUUCAGCACAUGGCUGGCCCCUCACGAGUCGCCUACUACUGAUGUGGUACUUCUCGGUCACUCUAUGGGGGGAAUAUUAGCUGCUGAUAUUGCUUUGAUGCCAUCGAAAGACCAGUACCGCAUUGGAUACUUCCUCCAUCGCAUCUUAGGGACAGUCCAUUUAGAUGUGCCCCUCCUCGGGCUUCACCCUGGUAUCAUCACAGCUGGCAUUGCUAGUUUGUUUCGGUCAAAACCGGACAAGACGGGUCCGGCUAACGUACCAGAGGGUCCAAUACCAGAGGAUGAAUCAACUGUAUCUAUAUCUAACGUCGCCUCAGCAAGCGCUUCAAUAUACUCGGAUCCAUCUAGUAUCUCUCAGUUUUCGUCGCACUCUUCGAGUUCCCAAGGAACCCGUAUACCGCAUGGCAUAACGUUCGAUCCCAACUUCAACCCAUCCUUCCCCAACGACGUCCGUUUGCAGGACAGGGGUUGGUGGAGGAAUAUCGUACACUUUGUUGAGAAGCAUAAUUCGGAGGGUCUCGUAGAUGCUGCCACUAAUCACAUCAUGUCACACUUGGAAUUUGGAGGCUGCCUUUUGGAUGGCAAUGGCCUUAGAACACGCUACGAAAAUAUCCGUAAGCUAGAAGAUGUAGACGACAUAAAGCACCAUGGUUUCGCUCACGUACCUCCAAGAGUUCGCUUCACUCAAUACUAUACCGUGUGCCACGGGUAUCCUAAGAAACCCAAAGCCCGGGAUUCUAAUAACAGACCAGAAACCCCUGAGAUGCUAAAGAGCCCACAUUCCGCUCUUCAAACGCCGCAAGCCUCAAAUCAAGACCACAAAAGCCCCUCACGCGAAUACAACCAGACAAAUGGUGUUUCUGAAGAGGAUUAUUUCAACGUCAACAACGAGAGCCCAAGUUUACAGCUACUUGAUCCCGAACCGAUGUCUGAAGAACCAGAACCCGCCGUUGAAUCUAAUUUAUCCUCCAAGACACCAGAAGACUUCAAAGGCAAAGCCUCGGAAUCUUACUUGGUCGAUAUCGAGUCUUCUGGUGGUGGGGAUGAUGCAAGUACGAACCCCCAGCAAAGUCAAGAAAACCACGUCUCAAAAGAGCCCCCGGGAAAUGAUACAACUGGAACAACUGGCCUCAGCAACACUAUAGCAGCCUUAGCUCUUGAUCUACCGGCGAUCCCAGAACCACCCAAAGAACCUGAACCGCCGAACUUGGAACAGUACACGGAUAAGGACAUUCGGAAACAGGCCGAGAAAGAGGCGAAGCGGGCACAGAAAGAAUACGCUAAGCUCGUAAAGGAACGCGAAAAGACCAUCAAAGAGAGGCAGAAAAUUUUCGAUAAGAGAAAAAAGAAAUUAACACAAGAGACAGAGAAGCGAGAGAAGGAAGAACAGAAACGGCGUAAGAAAGAAGCCAUGGCAGCAGCGCCAAACUCUUCAACUUUAGAAGAGGGGAUGCCAAAAGAUGCAUCUAUCUCUCUAACCUUACAGGAAUCUAGGGACUCAGAUCAUGGCGUGGCAUCAUCUCUAGCGACUCCAUCGGAACAAUCACAAAGCAAGGCUAAAUCCCCGAAGCAACCAAAAGAACGUAAAUUCUGCAACACUCCAGCCAAAGUAGACGGCCAAAUUGAUCCCAAGUGGGUCAAGAUCUUUAUGAAGGACACAGACCAAGUUGGUGCACAUACCGGUCUGUUUUUCAAAGGCGAGCACUACGAAAGACUCGUCGGUGAUGUCGGCGAGACUAUCGUAAAUUGGGUUCAGGAAGACAUGAGUAAAAGGGCUAUUUUUGAAAUGACAUGAGAGAUGUGGCGUUGAUGCUUUUACUGUUGGAUUGGAUACCCUCUGUUGCGAAACACUACUAGUUAGUCUUGUGACGAUACAAGAUACCUAAGAAUAGCAAUGGGUCAAGCAUUAAUUAUCAUCUUGUUGGCGAGACAGUAACGAAUCGUUCAAUCAAAUUUUGAUUCUC